AUGGGUGGCUUGCCCUCUUCGUCGCGACUGUCUCUCAUCUUUCUGGUUGCUCUGUGCUUCGUUCUCAGCUACUCAACAGUGGUCUGCAAUGGCGGCCACACCAGUAGUUUCGUUAGGAAAGUGGAGAAGUCCCUCGACAUGCCCCUCCAUAGCGACUAUUGCUAUGUCGAGCUUCAAUAUCUUACUUACCUUACGGCCGACUGUACUCAUCUGAAAAAAACCACCAAAAAAAUGGGUUUUCAGGGCUCCGCCUCUCCAUCGCCACUGUCCCUCAGCUUUCUGGUUGCUCUGUUCUUCGUUCUCAGCUACUUAGCUAUCGUCUGCAAUGGCGGACACACCAGCAGUUUCGUCAGGAAAGUGGAGAAGUCCGUCGACAUGCCCCUCCACAGCGACGUUUUCCAGCCGCCCCCUGGCUACAAUGCCCCUCAACAGGUACACAUAACGCUGGGAGAUCAGGAUGGCAGAGCAAUGAUCGUGUCGUGGGUGACCAUGGAUGAACCCGGUUCGAGCAAAGUCGUUUACUGGAAGGAAGACGAAAGCUCGCACAAGAAGUUUGCCCAAGGCAAACACAAGAGCUACAAGUUCUAUAACUACACUUCUGGAUACAUUCACCACUGCACCAUCCGUAAAUUGGAGCAUGACACCAAAUACUACUACGAAGUUGGAAGUGGUCACACCGCGAGACGAUUCUGCUUCACGACUCCUCCACCUGUUGGUCCAGAUGUUCCUUACACAUUUGGCAUGAUUGGUGAUCUUGGCCAGACUUUCGAUUCCAACAUCACACUCACCCACUACGAGAAGAACCCUAGGAAGCCACAGGCCCUGUUGUUUGCAGGUGAUCUCUCUUACGCCGAUGACUAUCCGAAUCACGAUCAGCGGAGGUGGGACACAUGGGGAAGGUUCGUCGAGAGGAGCGUCGCUUAUCAGCCGUGGAUCUGGUGCGCAGGAAAUCACGAGCUCGACUUCGUCCCUGAAAUCGGCGAAACCAAGCCAUUCAAGCCAUAUCUCCAUCGAUACCAUGUUCCUUACAAGGCAUCUGGGAGCACUUCUCCACUUUGGUACUCUGUCAAGAUAGCCUCAGCACAUAUAAUUGUCUUGUCCUCAUAUUCAGCCUACGGUACAUACACACCUCAGUAUGAAUGGCUGCAAGCAGAACUGCCCAAAGUUAACAGGACAGUGACGCCAUGGCUGAUUGUGAUGCUGCAUUCACCGUGGUACAACAGCUACGACUACCACUACAUGGAAGGGGAAAGCAUGAGGGUCAUGUUCGAGUCGUGGCUCGUCGAUGCCAAAGUCGACCUCGUACUCGCUGGCCAUGUUCACGGCUACGAACGAUCUGUAAGCACGAAGCAAUCUCGAUCGAGUUGGUAUACGCUUAGCAACUUAUUUUGUUAUGUGGCUUCGUGUCAGGAACGCAUCUCGAAUGCAGCUUACAACAUCGUGAACAAGAAAUGUACUCCAACGAAGAAUCAGAGUGCUCCUGUUUAUCUAACACUUGGUGAUGGUGGCAACAUUGAAGGCUUGGCAUACAAGAUGACUGAUCCGCAGCCGGAGUAUUCUGCAUUCAGGGAGGCGAGCUUCGGGCAUGCCAUCUUAGAUAUCAAGAACAGGACGCAUGCUCACUAUAGCUGGCAUAGGAACCAGGAUGGUUAUCCGAUGGAAGCCGAUUCGAUGUGGUUCUAUAACAGAUAUUGGCACCCUGUUGAUGAAUCCAAAAGCAACUGAUUUGGAUUUGGAUUAGAUUAGAUUUCCUCUUGAUGAUCUCAUUGAAUAAGCAGUAGGUUUGUUUUGCUCUUUGGUAUUUUGCUAGGAGAAGUGUACAUUGCAGGGGACCAACUCUUAUUUUGUUAGUGAAACUGUUUGGUUACAUUAGAAGGAGUUCUUAUUUCCCCCCCUUUUUUUGUUGUUUAAUUGGAUUGCGGACAAUAUUUGUGUGCGAACCGGGUUGCAGGCUCAUCGUGCUGCCCAGCUAUGCAAAUAUUGUCCUCAUAUUACAGGGCCAGCGGAUUGCAAAUCGGCAAUAUUAUGAGCUGAUUGAGUUUGAAUAUGACC